AUGACCCCGCGAGACUUUGCCCACUACGAGGACAACAACCUCCACAGAGUGUACCGGUUCUAUAAGGACCAACAAAUAAUCCCUUUUACGGAACUGCCCCAAACAGUGUCAUUUACCACACGCGACUAUUUUAGAUACAUCCAGAUAAAAAACUUUCUCGAGACAACCACAUACAAACAAGCAGGACGUACCCCCCUGACCCCUUUUGAAAAAUCUUGCAUUCACACUCCAAUACGGAAGAGCCAAAUCUCCACCACAUAUACGUGGCUACUCACAGCGACAAAAAAACAGCCACUCAACUACAUCACAGC